CCGUUAACUGACUCCAAGAGCAGGAAGUCGCACUCUCGUCUCUCAGAUAGGGAAAGCGAAAAAAGAGGAGUGAUCAGUGAGGUGUCAUAAAUAUAUUCCAUUACAACAACAAUGGCACAACGGACGGUAUGACAAAGUCGUUUUGGUAACACUAGCUAGGUAAUCACUUUCCUAGUUCUGGCGCUUUUUCGUAGGAGACUCCCUGCAAAGAAGCGUGAGAAGUUAUUAUUAGGGAGAAAUGGCGGACGGCGGAGGCUUCGAGUUGGGUGAUGUUGUCGACCCACCCAUUGCGCCGAAUAUCAUCUGUCCCCUUGUCACCGUUUCUGACCUACCCAGCCCGACAGCUGCAGGCCGUAACCUGAAGGAAUGGCUGCAGGAGCAGUUCAAUAAAAAGCCUGAAGAGCAGAGUGAUGAUGCGCUGCUCCACAACGCUGCUUACGUAGGAGACCUGGAUACUCUAAGGAACCUGCUGCAGGAGGACAGCUUCAGAGAGCGGAUCAACGAGAAGUCUGUAUGGUGCUGUGGUUGGCUGCCCUGCACCCCUCUGCGCAUCGCUGCCACAGCCGGUCAAGGGGCCUGUGUGGCCUACCUGAUAGGCCAGGGGGCCAAGGUGGACCUAGUGGAUGUGAAGGGUCAGACGGCACUCUACGUGGCGGUGGUCAACGGACACCUGGACUGUGUGACCAUCCUCCUGGAAGCUGGAGCUGACCCCAACGGCAGCCGCCACCACCGCAGCACUCCCGUCUAUCACGCUGCACGGGUAGGCAGGGUGGACAUACUCCAAGAGCUCAUCAGGUUCCAUGCCGACGUGGAUGUGGACCACCAGCUGGGCGCCAGGCCCCCGUUUGGUGCGGCCCGCACCCUCACCACACUGGUGGUGUGCCCGCUCUACAUCAGCGCCGCCUACCGCCACCUCCACUGCUUCAGCCUGCUCCUGGCGGCCGGCGCCCAGCCGGACCACAACUACAACGGACCAGUGAGCCGCGAAGCGCUAGCAAAGGGUUUGGCCUCUUGCCUGCUGGAUGCGGUGCUGAGACACGGCUGUGAGGCGGCGUUCGUCAGACUGCUGCUAGACCAUGGUGCCGAGCCCAGCCUGGUACCCUGGGAGCAGCCCCACCGAGAGGGAGCGACCGCCGGGGGCCGAGAGAGGGUUGACCCCGAAGCCCUGCAGCUCUACUUGGAGGCCAGGAGAUGUCCUCAUAGGCUGACCUACCAAUGUCGGAUCAGUAUUAGGAAAGUGAUGGGGAAGCAUCGGCUAAAACACAUCCCUUCUCUACCGCUCCCAGACCCCAUUCAGAACUUCCUGCUUCACCAGAACUGACUCUGGCAGGCCUUGCCUUUGAUUAUCCUUAUGCUAUUAUGAACAGUGACGGACUUACCAUUAGGCAGAAGAGGCAAUUGCCUCAGGCUUCACAUCAUAAUCAAGGGGCCUCAUGAGCUGGGCAUAAUUUAAACAAAUAAAACUAGUCAUCUUUUUGUUUAUUUCUCAGCUUGGGCUGUUGAGGCCCCUUGAUUUCUCAGCUUGGCCCCUUUAUUUCUCAGCUUGGGCUGUUGAGCCCCCCCCCCCCCCCUCAUUCUCUGCCCAAAGGCUGGACUGCUCAGUAGGUUGGUUCAGCAGCAGCAAAAUCUGCAGGAAGCUUCAAAGUUGCAAACGAAAUGGGGGAAGGGUUUCUUUGCCUGGUAAUGAGGCCACAUGGUUGUCAAAAAUACCUCCCAAAAAGUAAAUGAAUCCAUAUAGCUGAAGAAUAAUAGAUCAAUCAUUUAUUUCUAUACGUGUACGAAACAUUAGGAGCACCAUCUCUUUCCAUGAGAUAGGCUGACCAGGUGAAUCCACUUCAAACAGUGUAGAUGAAGGGCAGGAGAUGGGUUAAAAAAAUACUUUUACACCUUGGGACAUGGAUUGUGAAUGGGCAAGACAAAAGAUUGAAGUGUCUUUGCGGGGUAUGGUAAUGUAGUUGAUGGCAGGCGCACCGGUCUGAGUGUAUCAAGAACUGCAACGCUGCUGGGUUUUACUCGCUCAACAGUUUCCCAUGUGUAUCAAGAAUACACAUGGGAAACACCCAAAGGACACCCAGCCAACUUGACACAACUGUGGGAAGCAUUGGAAUCAAAAUGGUCCAGCAUCUCUGUGGAAUGCUUUCGACACCAUGUAGAGUCCAUGCCCUCACUAAUUGAGGCUACUCUGAGGGCAACUCAAUAUUAGGAAGGUGUUCCUAAUGUUUUGUACACUCAGUGUACAGUGCAUCAGAAACAUUGUUUAUUGCUUGUUUGCUGUGACAAAGCCUCCAUUCUCUGUAUGAGUCUGUAUGAGUUGCUUCUUGACUUAUUUGCAUACCUUCCACAUAAUUGCAAUAAUUCCAAAAACAUAUUUAUUUUCUAUUUUCUCUGUAUUAGGGCUUUCUGUACCACCUACAAAGUGAUCUGCAACUAAAGCAAUGUCUGUUUC